AUGCCAGACAAUUAUCUUUCUGAUAUUAGCGAUGCCAAAACAGUGCAGGACUCAGCUAGCAAGUGUCUCACUGUCACGUUUGAAGAUCUAGGCAUACAAGUCUCUGGUGAAGGUGAGAAUUUCGCUUCGACAUGUAUUUCAGUCAUCACGGGUAUCUUCCAACUUGGAAGAAAGAAAUCCCCGAAAAGGCAAAUCCUGCAGGGAAUUACCGGACAAGUUUGUCCAGGACAAAUGCUGUUGGUUGUUGGACGACCUGGUUCGGGUUGCACAUCUCUCCUCAAAGUGAUAUCAAAUCACCGGGGUGAGUUCGAUGAAGUCCAAGGCCUGGUUCAGUACGGCAAUGUUGGACAUGACACCGCAAAGGAAUUCCGCCACCACAUUGUGAUGAAUACAGAAGACGAUGUACAUUUUCCUACCCUCACGGUGUCCGAAACUCUGAGUUUCGCGAAUUCAACCAAGGUACCCAAGACGCGACCGCAACAUCUCACCAACAGAGACUACGUGCGUCAGACCUCGACCGGGAUUCUCGAGUCACUUAGCAUUGGCCACGUCCAUGAUACAAUCGUCGGCAAUGAGUAUGUUCGAGGUGUGUCUGGUGGUGAAAGGAAGCGAGUCUCGGUGGCCGAGGUCAUGAGCACGCAAGCUCCCGUUCAAUGCUGGGACAACAGUACCCGAGGUCUCGACGCAUCCAACGCCCUUGACUUUGCCCGCGUCCUUCGAAAGCAUGCAGACGAGCAGCAACGAACUAUCAUCGCGACCCUUUACCAAGCUGGCAACAGCAUCUACGACCAAUUCGACAAAGUUCUCGUCCUAGCCGAGGGUCGUGAGAUCUACUAUGGGCCAUCAACCGAGGCACGACAGUACUUUGAGACCAUGGGCUUCAAGUGUCCCCCCGGAGCUAAUAUUGCGGAUUUCUUGACCUCCGUUACAGUAGAGACAGAGCGUGAAAUCAUCCCUGGAUACGAAACAACUGUUCCUCAAACAGCCCACGACUUCGAGCAGCGAUACAAAGCGAGUGAGACGUUUCAUCGCAUGAAGCAUUUGGCCAAGUCUCGAACAAAUGAAUCUCUUGCAGCUGAGGUUGACGGUCUUCGAGACACUGUUUCGAAAGAGAAGUCUCGUACUGUCGCAGCUCUAUCCAGAGCAACUAGUCCGUACUUGGUCUCCUUCUUUCAACAGGUUUGGAUCUGUGCUAUCAGACAAUUUCAGAUUCUAUGGGGAGAUCGGUUCUCGAAUGGCCUUCAGCUAGCGUCAUCCUUGAUUAUGGCUCUUGUGACAGGCAGUUUGAUGUACAACCUCCCCGAAGACAGCACCUCCAUUUUUCGAAAGCCCGGGGCCCUUUUCUAUCCCAUUCUACUUUGGUGCCUCAACAAGAUGGCCGAGACGGCAGCAUCCUUCGAGGGCCGAGCUAUCCUCACCCGACACAAACGCUUGGCAUUCAACCGACCAGGCGCUUACGCUCUUGCUUCCGUUCUUACCGACAUUCCUUUCGUCAUCUUCAUGUUCAGCUUGUUCAAUGUUAUCUACUAUUUCAUGGUUGGUUAUCAACAUGAUGCUGGCAAGUUCUUCACCAACUGGUUCAUCUACCUUGUCACCACUCUUUGUUUUACUUCUCUGUAUCGCACAAUCGGUGCAUGGUGCAAACAUUUUGGUCUGGCUGCCCAGAUCAGCGGUUGGAUCACCAUGGUCAUGAUGGUUUACGCUGGGUACCUCAUUCCCACUACGAAGAUGCAUCCUUGGUUCCGCUGGAUCGCAUACAUCAAUCCCGCAAACUACGCUUUCUCAGCUGUUAUGGCUAGUAAGAUGGGAGACCUACAGCUGGCAUGUGUUGAGCCUCAGCUUGUGCCUUAUGGAUCAGGUUACGACGACAAUCGCUUCAGAAGCUGUACGGUGGUAGGAUCCAACGGCGAAACGAUUGAUGGCGCGUCAUACUUGAGCCUCCAAUACGGUAUUGCUCGUACUGAGAUCUGGAGGGAUGUUGGCGUCAUUAUCACUUUCUGGGUGUUCUUCUCAAUUACCGCUGCUGUUGGCUUCGAAAUGAACCUCGCUUCAGGUGCAGGUUCCAUGAUCUUGUAUGAUCGUCGAAGUCAGGCAAAGGAAUUGGCUCUGAAGGACGACCCCGAACAAACUUCGGUACAGCCUUUGCCUGAACAGAACGAUUAUAUCACCACUGCUACAACCUUUACGUUCAAGAACAUCAACUACUUUGUCCAGCAUGAGGGUCAAGAGAAGCAACUCUUGCAGAACGUCUCUGGCUUCGUCAAGCCCGGUCAGCUAGUGGCCUUGAUGGGUUCCUCAGGCGCUGGUAAGACGACGCUUAUGGAUGUAUUGGCUCAGCGCAAGGAUUCUGGUCGCCUUGAGGGCAGCAUCAUGGUCAACGGUCGACCUCAGGGUAUCAUGUUUCAACGGACAACAGGAUACUGCGAGCAGAACGACAUUCACGAGCCUACUUCAACUGUUCUAGAAGCCCUUCGCUUCUCAGCACGGUUACGACAGCCUUAUGAGAUCAGUGAAUCAGACAAGUUUGCGUAUGUGGAUCAGAUCAUUGAGCUUUUGGAGCUCGGAUCUCUGAAGCAUGCUGUCGUCGGCGCUCCCGGGCAGGGCCUGUCGAUUGAGCAGCGUAAGCGAUUGACCCUAGCGGUUGAACUCGUUGCGAAGCCUGCACUUCUGUUCCUUGAUGAGCCUACAUCAGGUCUCGAUGGACAAUCUGCUUUCCAGAUCUGCCGGUUCAUGCGCAAACUCGCAAUGGCUGGUCAGACCAUCAUCUGUACCAUCCAUCAGCCUUCCGCCGCUCUCUUCGAAGCUUUUGAUGUCCUUCUUCUCCUUGCCAAGGGUGGCCGAACUACCUACUUUGGUCCCACAGGCAAUGACUCUUCCACCGUGCUCAAGUACUUUGCCGAAAAUGGUGCUACUCCAGUGGGCGAUGUUAACCCAGCAGAGUUUAUUGUCGACGUGGUCCAGGGGCGUUUCGAGUCUCAUCUCGAUUGGCCUGAGAUUUGGAACAACUCCAAGGAGAAGGAACAGGCUCUUGUUGAGUUGGAGGAACUGGAAAAUCACAUUCCUGACGCGGUCGUUGCAAAUGAGAAGGAUUCAUCUGAAGAAUCCAAGGCUGAUUCCAAGGAUUUUGCAACUCCCCUCAUCUAUCAGACCAAGGUUGUGAUUCAACGCCAACUCAUUGCCCUGUGGCGUAACCCGGAUUAUAUCUGGAACAAGAUCGGCCUACACAUUUCCAACUCUUUGUUCAGUGGAUUUACCUUCUGGAUGAUCGGUAAUGGAUCUUUCGAUCUCCAGUUACGGCUGAUGUCCGUUUUCAACUUUGUCUUUGUUGCCCCAGGUGCUAUCAAUCAGCUUCAACCUCUCUUUCUUCGAAACAGAGACCUUUUCGAGAAUCGAGAGAAGAAGUCCAAGGCAUAUCACUGGUUUGCGUUUAUCUCUGGACAGCUUAUCGCAGAGAUUCCUGUCUUGAUUAUCUGCGCCACGGUCUAUUUUGUCUCGUUUUAUUUUCCCGCUGGCUUCCCUAUUAGAGGCAGCAUCUCUGGCCAGAUUUAUCUGCAAAUGAUUCUCUACGAAUUUCUGUACACUUCCAUUGGUCAAGCGAUCGCUGCUUACUCGCCGAACGAUUACUUUGCUGCCCUAGCAAACCCUGUCUUCAUCGGCGCCGGACUCGUCAACUUCUGUGGUGUGGUUGUUCCAUACACUCAGAUUCAGCCCUUCUGGAGGUACUGGAUGUAUUACUUAGACCCGUUUACGUAUCUGAUUGGUGGCCUGUUGGAGCCUGUCGUGUGGGAUGUGAAGGUCGAUUGUCGGUCGGAGGAGUUGACACACAUCCCGUUGCCCAACAGCAACAGCACCACCUGUGGCGAUUACAUGGCGGAUUUUAUUCGAGAUAACAGUGGCUAUGUAAUUGAUCCUGACUCAACAAGCACCUGCUCGUACUGUCCCUACACCACGGGUGCUGACUAUCUCGUUCAAGUCAAGAUUGAUGAGAAAUACUUUGGCUGGAGAGAUGUUGGCAUCACGGCUUUGUUCUGCGUCAGCUCAUAUGCUCUCGUCUUCCUUAUGAUGAAGCUGCGCACGAAGUCAACAAAGACAGCAAGUUGA